AUGGCGCACCCUUAUCUCUCCACUUCUCCAGCCGCCAUGGCAGCGAAUGACCGGUGGAUGGACGUUUGGACAGAAGAGGCAUUGCUCGAUGCCGCCGCCACCGUCAAGCAACUAUUUCAGGCACUCCGGUUGCCCUCCGCCACACUUUUCCACUGUUGCCUCGCGAACCGACGUCAACCGCCACCGUUGCCGCCUGUGGUUGCUGCCACUGCCAUCUCCUGUCGCCACCAGGUGGUGGCUGAAUCCGUUUGCAAGAAUCUAGCAUGGUUGGGUAUGAUAUGUAGUGUGUGUGUACGUAUGUUUUAA